CAUCCCCGCAGUGGCGCUCAGGGGCUCCGGCGGCGCUGAGCUCGUGUCUUGCCGCAGUCCCCGGGCCGCUAGUAGGAGCGAGAGUCUGGAGGCGAGUCUGGAGACCCCCGCACAUGCUCUGGCACUUGCUGCUCCUGCCGCCUCCACCCGCGAUCGCAGCAACUCGGAAACGCACCCUGCAGACUGGGCUGCGCAGCGUGGCGAGUUCGUGAUAUCUGGAGACCGGAUCCUAACUUGCAGGGAACCGCGGCUCUUCCCGGCCUGGAGAUUGUGAACAGGACUAUAGACUCGUCCAAGAUUUUCAGUGAUAUGGUGAAUCCAGAGGCUGGAACCAAAAAGAUUUGCUCAGCUCUGUGCUUUUAACAACAGUGAAUUGUCUGCUGACACUCAUCAUGGCUAAAAGUGCAGAGGUCAAAUUGGCAAUAUUUGGAAGAGCAGGAGUGGGCAAGUCAGCUCUUGUAGUGAGAUUUCUGACCAAACGGUUCAUCUGGGAAUACGAUCCCACCCUCGAGUCAACCUACCGACACCAAGCAACUAUUGAUGAUGAAGCUGUUUCCAUGGAGAUACUAGAUACCGCUGGCCAGGAAGACACCAUUCAGAGGGAAGGACACAUGCGAUGGGGGGAAGGCUUUGUGCUUGUCUAUGACAUUACUGACCGAGGAAGUUUUGAGGAAGUGUUACCACUUAAGAACAUCCUGGAUGAGAUCAAAAAGCCUAAGAAUGUGACUCUCAUCUUGGUUGGAAAUAAAGCUGACUUGGACCACUCCAGACAGGUUAGUACAGAAGAAGGGGAGAAGCUGGCCACGGAAUUGGCAUGUGCUUUUUAUGAGUGUUCUGCCUGCACUGGAGAAGGGAACAUCACAGAGAUAUUCUACGAGCUGUGCCGGGAGGUGCGUCGCCGGAAGAUGGUCCAGGGCAAGACGAGGCGACGCAGCUCCACCACGCAUGUCAAGCAGGCCAUCAACAAGAUGCUCACCAAAAUCAGUAGUUAAGCAGCUCUGUUCUUGAGGUGGGCGGGUGAUUGGAAACACUCUCUCACCUGUUUUUCCCCUUCCAAAAAUUAAAGCAAAUUAUUCUUUAUUUUGACUGUUGGAAAUGUCUGGACUCCCAUUGUUCUCAGACUCAUAUAUUGGGAUAUUUUACAAUGUUUUAUGCAAUUUCAGUGCUGACAAUUUCUCCCUUUCUUGCUUGAAUAGGAUACACUCUAAUGCAGUUUGAAUGUGUAACCACCAGAGAUUGCAAAUUGGCUGGGUUUGUAUUAAGCUGUUUUUAGUAUCUUCACCUUGCUUAAAUAGGCUGAAGUAUUUUCAAAGGCAUUUUUAAAUUGCAUGUCUUGUCAAAGACUACAAAUGAUUAUCUUAAAAGUCUAAGAUAACAGAAUACCCAGUAAAUAAAACAGGAAGAGUAGCUUAGCUAUUAGAGCAGGGAAAAGAGCCUUAGUUCCCAUUUGAAAUGAGGAUUUUUUGAAUUAUUUUAAAUCAUCUAAUUUUAUUUAAUCCUUUAUUAUAUUCUUAAAUCUAAGCAUGUUCUCACUAAGAUUUUCCUCUGUAAUCAAGAGUUCUGUUUCAAUUUGAGUUGGUUCUCUCAAUGAAAGAUCUGUUGAUUACUACACCCUAAUUCUUCUUCCUUAGAUCAGACAAGAUUUUAAUUAUAACAACCUCUCAAUCCAGUUCCUGUGUGGCCGUUCUCACCAAGUCAAGGAUGAUGUAAAAACGUUAGGAAUCUUUUCACCAAACCUUGAUUUUAUUGAAUGCUAGUAGAGAAUUUAGUGUUUAAAGUUGUCUGCUUCAUUUAUCACUUUAGUAGAAAUACAAGAGUCCAAAAAAAAAACAGAAAACUUAAGAAUGAAUUUUAACUACCCCUCCUUUGAUGAGCCAAGGCUCUGUAUCCAACACAGUCAGAAAA